GGCCGUGUGGCAUUAAAAUCAGAAACUAGGGGUGGCAAAACAGGAAUCAAAUGGAUCGGGAGAUAGUCUAACACUGUUUGGAAAGGUAGUCGUGUUACUAGAUGUCUUAAAAAAGUAUGCUGCACCGAAUGACAUGUAUUAUAAUUAUGCCAAGUACGAGACAAAUUUUCACUAAACUUAAGGAGCGAAAAUCAACUACUGGUAAGAGAACGAGGGGUGUGGUUUUUUCCUGUAGUAUUACAUGAUCCCGACACUUGUUUUACUAGAUUCUAAACACCUCUACUUCUCUUUUUCUCCAUACUAUCAGCUACAGGUUCUUAAACUACCAAUCUCAUUCAUGUUUUCCAUACUAGUAUUUUGUUGCUACCUGUUUUCUUAACCUUGGAUCAUAGUGGUAUCAAUAUUUUUGAUUCUUAUAGUCAUACACGAGUACAGUACAGGUAUAGGUUCAGUCUGCUGCAGUAUAUAUGUGCUAGGUUAUUAUAAUAAGUCUACCUGUGACUACCAGAAAACUCCUCAAUUCCUGUCUCAGGACUGGUUCACUCUUAGUAUUCUUGUUGUUCAGGACUCGAAACAAUUGAAUAGUCCUUAAAAUACACUGGUAGGUGCCAAUAGUAUAAGUGCAGUUUGAUGAAAAUAAAAUUAAGCUAGCUAGUAAACACCUAUUCUGAGGUUGUUCCGAGUCCUUAGACCUUAAUCAUAUUAGGCAUGUCUGAGUUAAACCAGAGAGAACCCUUCAGGAUUUGUGUUCUAAUAUUGCUUCAACACUUGGGUAUUCUCAAAGGGUCCAGGAAAAGCUUUGAAGUAUUACUUCUUGUUCAAGUUUGGAAUACAAUUUAAGUUCAUGGAGGAAUUUUUACAUAGUUGCAAAAGCAAAUACCAGGCCAAAUCCAUAUGGUUAUUAAGGACAAAAGAUAGUGUACUGGAUAUUAGUAGCUCUUUCUUGCUCUCCUUUUUUCUCUCUUUUUGUGCCUUUAUACGAAGGCCUGUUCCAGGAUUUAUUUUCUCCUCACCGCUCACCAACCAGAGCCCCACUCGCCAAGUCCCUUCCAACCUUACAUCUGCUAUUUACUACCGCUAUUGCAGUGAAAUUUUUCCCGAUCACUAAGACCUUUGGGCCGGGACUUUGAGGGGGAUCGCUAGCUUGUACCGGUUUGGUGAUAGCUAGGAUGGAUAUGAUACCGUAUUGAACUGACCACCCGUCGGUGAUCAAGUUCAUGGACUAGGCACUCGGCACUGCCAACACUGCCAGAAACAGCACGGCCUAGAAAACCUAUGAUAAUAUCGUGCCAACACUGGAACUAUUCCUCCCGCCUUUCUGGUUACCAUAUUUCGCGGUUAUAUGAGUCAUCGCGCCCCUUCCUAAAUCUGGCCUUGUCCUUAUCGCUAUCAUCCUCCGUCGUUACCCGGCCAGCAGCAUAACUGAAACCGCCCGAGUCCAAAAAUCCUAAACCAGUACAACACGAUGGUAAAAGCACUCCGGUUCAAAGGCGACAAGAGAGUCAAGAAGAGGAAGAGGGCGGAAACUAGGGGUGAUAAUGCCGAAGAAGGUUCUUCGUCAAAAGUUGUGGGGCAGCAGGAGGGGGAGGAUGCAGAAGGAUGGGUCGAUUCCGAGAGUUUAGGUUUGUUUUGAGAGCUUGCGGAAGAAAGAAGCGCUAACAGAAGGAGAUAGAGGAUAUUAACGGACCCAUAAUUUUCACCUUUUCCGCUGCGAGGCCUAUAUGCAUCGCUUGCGAUGCCGCCGGGAAAGUCUUCGCGUCUCCGAUCGAUGCGAUCGAAGACGAAGAUCUAUCUACGGCGGAGCCUACGGACGUCAAGCAGGUAUGGGUUGCAACCAAGAUACACGGUACCGAGAAAUACUCUUUCAAAUCUCACCACGGAAGAUAUCUUUCCUGCGACAAGUUCGGGGGCCUUAGCGCGACACGAGAAGCCAUCUCGCCGGAAGAAGAGUUCUUGCCCGUUCCAAAUGAAUUAGGAGGUGGAAGGUGGGCGUUGCAGACUGUCAGGGACAAAUUUCUUAGUGUUGAUGAGGUGGGCGCUGGUGGGACUACGGAAAUUCGUGGGGAUGCAGAAGCCGUGGGCUUUAAGGAGACGUUUGUUGCCCGGCUGCAGGCGAGAAAUAGGAAGAGGAAGAAGUCGGGAGCGGAAGGGAAGGCCAAGGAUAAGAUUACACGAAAGGAGCUGGAAGAACAGUGCGAUCUCUCUUUGCAAUAUGCGGUUGGUGAUUGAGCUAACCUCUGAGACCUCUCAGGGCCGGUGUGAAGCUUGACGAUGAGCAAGUAAAGGCGCUGAAACGCGCUAGACGAGGUAAGCACUUGAACCACCUAUCAAACCCCAAAGGAAAAUAGAAGCUGACUCGUGAAUAGAGGGACGAUUUCACGAGGCAUUGCUCGAUAUCAGAGUCAAAUUUGGGAAGCACGACAAGUUUGCGUACUAAGAGUUUGUUGUGGCUACCAAGUCCCCAGUUGGAAUCCUGUAUUAUACUGUAGUUCCUUUUCGGUUUUAUCGGUUUUCGCACUUUAUACUGCCGCAUUCGACAAUACUAUGAUGAUGAUUGAGAUAGACAUUACUUUUAAAGCGAUCUGAAUUUGGUGCGAUGAUUGAAAUAGUCCCUUAAAUUAUUGUGUGUGGUGUCACUACUGAGAUUUGUACCAGUAUCGAUAUUGAUCAGGGUCCAAGACGCCAUGGAGUAAUAAGACAGUGAGAGGACAUGAUUCACGUCCGGGUAACUACUGCUGUCCUGAGCUGGCACCAAAGUUACCCUUCCAGCGCGUCUCCUGAGCAUUAGCUUCCAAUUUAAUCAAGCCCGGUUUAGUUCACUCAGCUACCAUAUUCCCCCAAUCACCACACACAAGACGAAAUGGGUAUUCUCGACGAGCAACGGAGUUUGUGCGAAGACCUUGAGCGGCUCGAGCAAGCGUGCGCCGACAGAAUCUUGGAGGAACCUAAAUCAGUAUGUUUCCUACUUUAGAAAAGCCGCCAUGAUAACUGGCUAACAGCAAACAGACACGAGAGCGGCUUACUCGCGAUCACCAAAUCGCAAAGUUUGUCGAUAGGUUUCAACAACAAUCGGCGCGGCUGUUAGAAACGCAGGCGGAUAGGGAUGGGUGCAUAUCCUCCACUCACCAAAUUUUUCGAGAUUGUAACUAACCGGUGCGGUGGACAGAGCCCGGCAGAAGGAGGUGGAUUCCCUCUCAUCCAAAGACCCUUUUGAAGAAUUCUACCGCCAGCUAGGCCAAAUCAAAGACUUUCAUCGUCGUUACCCAAAUGAGCCCGUCGAGAACUUGGAGCGCGCAUACAAGCGACGGCAAGCUACCGAUGGAGAAUAUGUCUCUGAGAUAGACACCAUGUUUACCGGUGAGGAGGCUCAUGGCAAGUUCUUUGACUUGACUAAGAAUCAUGAGGACUAUCUAAAUCUUCCCGGCGUCAAGAGGAUCACUUACUUAAGUUAUCUGUCGCUGUUCGAUAAGUUCGACAAGUUUGCGUGCAAUCAGAAGAUGAAUGACAAGUACUUCAAGUAUGUCAGCGCAUUGGCGGAGUAUCUCGAGAGUUUCCUGUCGAGGACUCGGCCCUUGGAGAACCCGGAAGGCAUCGUGGAGCAGACUGGGGAAGACUUUGAGAAGGCAUGGGUGGAGGAUAAUGUCGCGGGAUGGGGUAAAUCAGAGAAGGGUAGUGAUGACAUCGGACCAAGGGAGGAGGUGAUGCGGGUCCCGGAAGCGGAGCUCUAUUGUGAUGUCUGCUUGAAGGGGUUCAAAAAUAAUAAUGUUUUUGAACACCAUUUCAAUGGAAAGCAACACAAAAAGGCAGUGGCGAAACGGGCUGAAGGUAGUGUCGAGAACGGCGAAGCCAGAAAAGCAGGGGGGAGCAGCGGCGCGGCGUCAAGGCUGAAGGACAAAGCUAUUGCUGAGCGGGAAUGGCGGAUUGUCAAGCUGACAGAGAUCAUGUCGAAAGAGCGAGAUGAGACAAUGACUAAUGUUGAGCGAAAACAGUCACUUACGGAGCGUGAAAGACAGGCACGUGCCCUACCCCCUCCGUACCAGUUCUGGUGAUCCAAGCUAACCCUUAUCAUAGAUGGAAUUGGACGCCCUGUAUGAAGAGAACUCUGCUAAUCCAAACCUCGAAGCCGAAGCCCACACAGACGACGAGAAUGACGAGGAGAAGAUCUACAACCCUCUAAAACUCCCCCUAGCCUGGGACGGCAAGCCAAUCCCAUACUGGCUCUACAAGCUCCACGGCCUCGGCGUCGAAUUUUCCUGCGAGAUUUGCGGAAACUUUGUCUAUAUGGGACGUCGCGCCUUCGAUAAGCACUUCAACGAAUACAGGCAUACCUACGGCCUCCGCUGUCUUGGGAUCACAAACACAACGUUGUUCCGCGAAAUCACCAAGAUUGAUGAAGCGCAGAGGCUUUGGGAGAAACUUGAGAAUGACAAGAAGAAGACCAAGAUGGCUAAUGAGACGGUGGAAGAAAUGGAGGACGGGCAGGGGAAUGUCAUGCCGAGGAAGGUUUAUGAGGAUUUACAGAAGCAAGGAUUGCUUUAGGGUAGUAGUAUUUACAAUGUCUAUGUGGCGGGGGGCGUGGGGCAGGACUGUAUUAGUAAUUUUCUUGGAGCCUUUCUUUCGCCGUCGUAUAGAAUUUACGUUUGAAUCGACGGUACUAAAUUUUUGUGUUGCCAAU